UCCCGGUGCAGUGUCUGUGCUUGAUCGGGCAUGCCUGUAGUUUUUCUAAUCCUCUUCUGUAGAGGUUUUCCAACAAUUCACCCAGAGCCAUGGCCAGAGCAUGGUGUCUGUGUGUGAGAGGCUUGUUCAUGUAUUUGCAGAAACCGGCGACCACUUUCGAUGGCCGACGGUGCUCGUUCUGAGGUCUAGAUGGCUAAGGACAGGGGAAGAUCUAGAAAAACGACAGUUGGCAAAUAACUUUGCUUACACCUGUAUUGAAGCGAGAUGUAUGUGACAGUUUUCUUCGGCUGUCGCUGAUGAUAUGAGAGGUUCUUGCAGGUGCAUCGUAGACCUAGUAGUACCUACGUACUGGUGUGUUAGCAAGCGGUAAAGGAUUUCCGUUUCUGUUACUGCUGCUAUGUGUACCAUGCUUCCUGAACAGCGUCCGCAAAGGUUUGUUGCCGGAGCUGUUGCAGUGCCAGUAAUUGUGUCGGAGUCGUCGCUGCCAGCGUUCCAUGCGCUGCGGAAAGGAGGCAAGGUUGAUGCCGAAAUGAUGGCAACAGCACGAUACGAUCCAGGCAGCAGCCAUUGGGGCCGUCCGCCGGUCGACAGCAUGAUCAUUGCUGGUGAUGAUGAGGAUGAUGACGAGGAUGAUGAUGAUAGCGACACUGGUGAUUACAAGAUGACUGGAUCACAUCUUGUUGAUAGAUACAUUAAGACGAUGCAAGCUCGGCAAAGUGGAGAUGGUGCUCCUGUCAGACAUGAAACACCGGCGGAUUUCGAUGCUACUCUGCUCAGCGAAACGUUUGAAGAUGCCACCUCCACUCUUGGCAGCCACUACUCAAUGCGGCGUGAGAGUAGAGACAUGGAGAGAGAAUUCAGACUCUCUGGUGGUACUCCCAAAGACCUGAGACUCAGUGUGUUGACUGGAGGAAGCCAAACCAGGGGUCGGUACGGCAGCAAUGACAGCAUGUGACGUGGCGGCGAUGGGGAGAGCACACUGCCACGCCGUGCAUCGUCCAUUGACCCUAUUCCCGAGUUGGAAGCCGACCCUCGCGGCUAUGGUGCGGCUGCAGCAGCCAAUCCCAGUGUGGGAAAGGACAGCACGAUAUCACCACUGAGGUCACCGCCGUCCUGGUACAGUGACGAAGCUGCGCUACCUGCCAGUCUCGCCAAUCAACACCUCGGCCAGUACAAUAGCCUGGCCCGGGGAAAUCGGACAGACGAUGGCAGCUAUCAGAAUAUUUCAAGCAUUCCGUCCCGGUACAAUGAACAGCCAGAUGGUGCAUCAGCGCAACAUCAAUCGCGGGCCCGACACCCAGUUAAACGGCAGGAAUCUCAGGAACAGGAGGUAGCACUGGCGAUCAGGGGAAUGAACAGCCACUCACGACAGGCCAUUGCUGCCCAGGCCAUGGACCAUUCGGAAACCCCAUCAGAGGACGGACAUGACUAUCAGACGGCAAGAAACGAGUCAGCGCAGAGUUCUCGGGCAGGUGCGCACUCCCAGUAAUCUCAGCAGUCGCAGUCGCACUCAUCUAGGCAGCAGCAGCAGCAGCCAGGCCGGUCGCCAGCGUAUCAGCUAUCACUGCACGACGUGGUGGGGUUCCUCAACAGCCGCGGUACGAUGGUGGUUGCCAACGCCGCUGGGUAUCUUUAGCAUGCAUCGUGUACCAACGACCAUGUCAAAACUCAACUGAGGGAUCUUGGUGCCACACCAGCCUUGGUCGGUCUCAUUUUGCAGAGAGAUGAAAUGGUGCAGCACGCUGCCGUGGGUGUGCUAAGAAACAUGUCAUACCGUCCUCACAGCGUCCCUAAUAAGUAUGCUGUUUGUGAAGCAGGAGGCGUAGAGGUCCUUGUGCGGCUGUUGCGCAAUGCAAGGUCUGAAGAUCAAUUGACAUGUAUGGUAAAUGGCAUGGGUAUACAGGGCUCCUCUUCACGGAGCAACCACUUGUCUGUGUCAUCUGCAAACGGUCCGAUGGCCGGUAAUACCCAGUCAUUGCCGAACAGUCAUACUAGUGAUACACCUGGCCCGACUCCAACCAUCCCAGUCCAUCCGGUCGCUACAGAUUUCCUGCCCGCAUCCACGUCCACUCCGCACCCCAAUGUCCGGCAAGAGAACGGCCCAAUGCCAGGAGUUACGACGGGCCCACUGCCAGGAAUUACGAUAGGCUCACUGCCAGGAGUUACGAUAGGCCUGCUGCGAUAUCCGCUGGGCUUGUCCGCGCCAAUGUCGUGUCGCCCACUCAUUUCGGCUUCAAAGGAUCCACUACUCCGUCGCUUCAGGUAAACACCAGUGGAUCAGUUUCAUCUCUAGGUACGGAUGUGUCGGCUAGUACGGCUUUGACUACAACCUCGGGUGCGAGGCAACCAGUGGCGGCUGCGGUGUCUUCUACAGCGCUAUCUCAGCCACAGUCGCAGCAGGUUCUUGCUGAUCUUUAGCGUGCUAUGUGUUGUGCGUGUGUGCGAGCGCGGACACGCAAACACAAUGCCAUGUGAUGUGCGGUGUGUGUUAGGCCUUGACAGAUUAUGCUAAUAUUUUCGUGAAAUUAUGCUUUUCGCAUUGCUGAAAAAAUUGCAGUAUUAUGCUAUUUUUAUGCUAAAAGUCUAAUCAUAUUAUGCCGCAUUUUGCUCACAUAUGCUGCUAAUGUAUAAUAGUUCCGUGCAAAAUAACAGGGGAAUUUUUUUGUAGAGGGCGUUGUACUGUAGUAGCAAAAGUUCAACGGGGUCAACGCACCGUCCGACCUAGCUACGACCGUCACUGAUUGUAGUGGACUGGACAUGUUCUCGAGGGAGUCGUAAACCUACGACUUCCUGGUGCAUCUACUUGUACUUGUAUUUGUAGAACAUGUACAACUGUAUGGAAUUUGAUGCGAACAGGCGGACUAUUCCAAUUUUAUGCGAUUCGUAUGCAAUUUGCCUCGAAUUAUGCCAUUAUUCGAUUUUGGUAGGAAUCAUGCGAAAAAUUAUGCUAGCAUAAUCUGUCAAGGCCUAGUGUGUGUGUGCGUGCGUGUGGGGUUUGUGUGUGCGCGCGCACGCGCACAAUGCCAUGUGUUGUCCGGUGUGUGCGCGCGCAUGCGCACAAUGCCAUGAUGAGGGUGAGGGCAGUUUUGACAGUGGAUUGAACUGUAAGUCCGAUUGUGAAUCGGACAGUGAGUCUGAAAGCUAAGGCUGGUGGACCGUACUAUUGAAGUUUUUGAAUUAAUUUUGAAUUGAUUUGAAUUUGAAUUGUAAUUUUAAACUCUGCAGCAAAUGACAAAAUAAUCUACUUCGCUAUUAUUUACAACAUCUUCCAUAUCGCUCGUUUGCCAAGAUCGGCUUAUGAUCGCUAUCACUCUGCCGUUUUUGGGUAUCCUUUGCUUCGCUCGUGCUAGCUCUCUUCCGCUGGUGUUGUCGAGAUAGUGUCCCAAUAAAUGAAA